AUGAAGUUAUUGUAUCUGACACUCGCGCUCCUGGCAAGCUGGGCGGUUGCUUGGGCCGCCAGCGGGGAGGAGGAGCAGCAGGAGCAGCAGGAGCAGGAGGAGCCAGGAUCUGGGAAGCUGUCCAAGCAGGCGGGGCCCCAUCCUGGCCAGGGAUUCAAGCUCAUAUCCUUCGAUGCAGUGGGCAAGCACAUAGCCCUGGGCCUGGACUACCUAGUGCCCUUCCUGGAGGUGCCCGUCAAGCGGAAAAGGAAUGCGCCACCUAAGCCCCUAGUUAUAGUGAACUCGGCCGCAGUGGUUAGCUGUGGCCUCGUGGUGGCCGGCGGAGUCCUUGUGGGCCACCUGAUCCGUAGUUUGGGACUGGAGGCCAUCACGGCAGAUGAUCAGCGGCCCAUUUUCGGCAAUUCCUCCGCCCACAAGCCCAAGUCUUCGGAGGAGGUUCCGCCCUCUUCUGCACCAGCAACCAGUGCACCGAACGCCUCAGCCAGGGGUCUUUUCGACGAUAGCCUAAGCUUUCCUGGAAUUUUUGACAACUUUAAGCUGAUCUAUCGCAACGAAACUGGAGAUCGCGUGGCUACAAGUCUUCCUAACCUUUUGGGCGUAAUCGAGCGAACGUUUCUCAAGAACGACGUGGAUCUGUCCGUCUGCCUGCUGAAAUCCAUUUGCCUUUUGACCCAGCGGGCAGGGGAAAAAGUACUCCAAGGUCAGGCCUCGGAUAUGGAUCACCUGUGGGAUGGGGCCACCAAGUGGUCCUGGCUGCUGGCCUGGCUGGAGCAAUCCGCCUUUCGAGAGGCCAUCGAGGCGGGGAAUGUGGCUGUGCCCCAUCACUGCUCCAUCAAGUAUCCGGAGUGCAAGUGGACGGCUCCUGAAGAGCAGCUCCUGGAGCUGUUGCGCAAUAAUGUGCAGUUUAAAUAGCCAGCAUUUGGUUAUUAUUCCCUGAUAAAAUGUAACAUUUUUUAAGUUAUUAUGUACUUAUUUUUCAGUCACCACUUGUAUACAUUUAAGAUACAAAUAACUGACAUCUUACAUUCGCCGCAUGCACGGUUCGUGUCUUUGCUAAACGGUAAAGGCGAAUUCGCCUGCCGC